UUGAUAAUGGCGACGGCGGCGAGUUUUCCGGCGAUCGGCGACUGCGCUUCGACCGGAAGAGAGAAGGACGCGGUUGUGGCGGACAUGGACGGGACUCUUCUGAGAGGGAGGAGCUCGUUCCCUUACUUCGCGCUGGUGGCGUUCGAGGUCGGCGGAUUCCUCCGCCUCCUCUUCCUGCUGCUGCUGGCGCCGCUCGCCGGAGCUCUAUACUACUGCGUCUCCGAGUCCGCCGGAAUCCGGGUCCUCAUCUUCGCGACGUUCGCCGGAAUGAGGGUUUCGGACAUCGAGUCGGUGGCGAGGGCGGUGCUGCCAAAGUUCUACUCCGGCGACCUCCACCCGGAGUCGUGGCGGGUGUUCUCGUCGUGCGGCGGGAGGCGGUGCGUGCUGACGGCCAAUCCGCGGAUUAUGGUGGAGGCGUUUCUGAAGGAGUUUCUUGGGGCGGAUCUUGUGUUGGGGACGGAGGUUUCCACGUACGGCGGGAGAGCGACGGGGUUCGUGGAGGCGCCGGGGGUUUUGGUUGGGGAGAAUAAAGCCGACGCGCUUAAGGCGGCGUUCGGGGAGGCGCCGCCGGAGAUUGGAUUGGGUGACAGGCAUACGGAUUUUCCGUUCAUGAAUUUGUGCAAGGAAGGUUACAUAGUGCCAGCAAAACCAGAAGUAAAGGCGGUGACAGUAGACAAGCUCCCGAAGCCGAUCAUCUUCCACGACGGCCGCCUUGUCCACAAGCCCACCCCCUUUCUCGCUCUUCUCACUCUCCUCUGGAUUCCCGUCGGCUUCCUCCUCGCCUGCCUCCGCAUCGCCGCCGGCUCCCUCCUCCCCAUGCCUCUUGUUUACUACGCCUUCUGGGCACUCGGCGUCCGCGUCACCGUCAAGGGGACCCCUCCGCCGCCCGUCGACAAGUCCUCCGGCAAGUCCGGCGUCCUCUUCAUCUGCUCCCACCGCACCCUCCUCGACCCCAUCUUCCUCUCCACCGCCCUCGGCCGCCCCAUCCCCGCCGUCACCUACUCCGUCUCCCGCCUCUCCGAGAUCAUCUCCCCCAUCAGGACCGUCCGCCUCAGCCGCGACCGCGCCACCGACGCCGCCAUGAUCAAGAAGCUUCUCAAGGAGGGCGACCUCGCCAUCUGCCCGGAGGGCACCACCUGCCGGGAGCCGUUCCUCCUCCGGUUCUCGUCGCUGUUCGCCGAGCUGACCGACGAGCUGGUGCCGGUGGCGAUGGUGAACCGGAUGAGCAUGUUCCACGGCACGACGGCGCGUGGGUGGAAGGGGAUGGACCCUUUCUACUUCUUCAUGAACCCGAGCCCGGCUUACGAGGUGACGUUCUUGAACAAGCUGCCGAGCGAGCUGACUUCCGGAGCCGGCGGGAAAUCCAGCCACGAAGUCGCGAAUUAUAUACAGAGGGUGAUAGCGGCGACGCUGUCUUACGAGUGCACGUCUUUUACGAGGAAAGACAAGUACAGAGCUCUGGCUGGAAACGACGGCUCGGUGGUGGACAAGCCGCGGCUCAAGCCGAGCCAAGUCAUGGGAUGCUGACUAUGAUAGCCUCCAAGCCGAA